GGUCCUGGGCGCUUGGGAGGCAGUGGCGCAGAGAGAUUAGUUUUAGGUACCAGCACGGGAGGAGACCAGAGAGUGAUGUGAUCUGAUACGUGUAGCUACGGGAGGACUCGCGCUUAAAAAGCCGGAGUCACUUCUCUGUCCUAUAUCAGUGUCGUCGUUGACGUGUCGUCGUGGCAUAGAAGCACGAUUGUCAAACGCGUUGACCUCUUGACCCCUCGUCAGUCAUGAUGUCCGUCCACACCCCCCCUCUCUCCCGCAGUGGCUCCUCCCCUUCCUCUGUCGGCCUGGCCAAUCGCAGCGGCCCCCCUGCCGCCCCUCCCACCUCCCUCAGCCUGCGCUCCUCCUACAACCAACUCUUGGGUUGUGAUGUUAUAAAGGAGUCCCCUACUGCCAUGGAAACGGGGAGUUCUGCCACUUUACCAAAGAGCCGCCAUAGAUACGCCAUGACCAGCGUGUGUAGCGCCAUGGGCCUGAGCGACACCCUCGCCCCUCCCGCCCAAAACCAGCCCCCCACUGGCGGCAAGCGCCUCCCCACCAAGUCCUCUUCAUCCUCUGCUCUUUACUCCUCCUCCUCUUCCUCAUUCUUCUCCACCAACCCCAAGCUGGCGAAGAAUGGUGCCAACCUGCAGAGGAAGGCUGAGACCCAGCAACAGGAGCAGAGUAACACCAACACAGAGUUCAAAGGGCAGGAUGAUAUCAUCACCCCCAUACACAGCUCUGAUUGGCUGGAGGGGGAGAAAGACAACUCCCAGGCCCCACCCCCAUUCUGUCGGAGGACCAAGAGUUUUCUGGAGCUCCAUGAAAAGGAAGUGGACCCUCCUAGUGUAGAAAACAAGGAAGAAGAACGUCCCAACAAGGAAGAAGAGGAAGAGGAGGAAGAGGAUGAGAAGCACUCCUGCCCUGAGAAAGAUCAGGUCAGCCCGGAUAAAGAGAGAGAGAGACCUGAGGAGGAAAAACAGACCCCAAAACAGGAGGAUUACAUAGAGGAAGAGGGUGCCACUCCAACUGCUAAUCAGUAUUUGCUACAGGGGGCGCAAUCUCCCCCUAUCUCCCCUCAAAACAACCUCAACGGGGCCCAGGAGAACAAGAUUCAGAGUUUUCCCCCUCCCCAGGGCAGAAAAGAGGCCUUAAACCAGGCCCAGGAUCAUCCACCCAGGGUUGAGACGCCCCCCAAACCCUCCCGGAGUGCCCAGGCCCCCCCGCCCAGAGUGAUCAAGGUGGAGCUGCACUCCAGCAAUGAGAACCCGUACCUCCACCGCCCCCCCUCUGCACCCCCUAAGCAGCCCAGAGGGGAGGAGAGCACCCCUCUCCUGCUCCAGACCCCCCCUGGAUCCUUCAACCUGGACCCAGAGAAAGGAGCUCUUAAGCUUGGUAGUCUGAGGACAAAGGUGGAGUCUCCCCUGGAGGAUGAGGACUCUAGCUGGACCACCCUGUCCCAGGAGAGCCCCUCCCCUCAGACCCCACAGGAGAUAGAUGUGUGGGGUGAGGGGGACCUUCCCCCAGGCUGGCGUGAGGUCACAGACCAAUCAGAGGUCUAUUUCUGGCAUGUCCCCACUGGCACCACCCAGUACGACCGCCCUGUCGCCACGACACACCUUGACCCACACCCUGGCUCACAGCAGGGCGACACAGUCACACUGAGACCGCCCAGCGAGCGACCUAGCAGUUUGGUAUCAGACAGUUCAUUGGAGCCUGUGCCCUCUCCCUCCGGCUCCUCUCCCUCCUCCUCCUCCUCUCCCUCUGAUCUCCCUCUGCCUGACAGAGGCUUUGACAACACCAGCUACACUGGCAGUGAGCUGAAGGACUACCCUGUGUAUCCUGACCCCAGCCUGAAAGCGUUUGAAGGAGCUACUCUUCGUUACGCCUCACUGAGACUGCACCCUGCCCAGUUAGAGACAGUGGACCUCAACAGUGCCUACAUUGACCCAGAGGGACAG